GCCAUGCCAUGCAACGGUCUCGCCCGUCCGUCUCGCCCGUCCGUCGGUCUUUGGAGGUAAGGAGGGAAGGAUGGGCUCUGGAAACGGAGACCGUGGACACUGCGAGUGCGACCCUCACUCAUCAGCUCAUCAGCCGGCCCAGCUUUAUACCAGGGGUUUGGAUUUUGGCUUGCCAAUUGCUGGGCUGCUCACUUUCCCUCUUAGAAGAAAAGACCCAUCCACCGGCCGGUGACUCUCAGACCAGCCUCUCACUCUCACACGCGCACACACACACACCCACACCCUCCUUUUUCUUUCCUUGUCCCUUUGUCCGAACUCUGUAGCCGACGAGGCACAUCGCCGCCGGCCCUGCUGCACCCUCUUAUCAGACUGCCCUCGCCUCAGAAGUACACCACCCGACUCACAAAUCCCACCGCAGGCAGGCAGCACUGGCCCUCACAGUAAUAAUAUCGAAGAAGCCUUUCGCUUUCGCCUAUCGUCGAUCCGAGACCAGGGCAAGGUCCGGGUUGCUCCUCCUCCCCAGAGCCUCGAGUCGGUCGCACCGCACGGCACUGCACGGCACCGCAACGCAACUCGACGCAACGCAAAGUACCGUCAUAAACGCGCCCGCCGCACGGCAACACGUCGCCCACGCACCCGCAGCAGCCGCAGCCGCAAUCGCAAUCACAACCUCGAUCCCGCCCAGUCCAGCCUAGCCUCCCGGCCUCACCACCUCCAAAAAGUUGCUCGCUCCUCCUCUGGCCUACCUGCGUGGAGACCUCUCCUCAAUCCGAGGCACUUUUUCCAGGCACACCCACCCACACUCGAGCUUCUUCAAUACAACAACCGAACCCGAGCCUGCUUGCGAAUCCCCGCUUCUCUCUUGCUCGUGCGGCAACCCCUGCCCUGCCCUGCACGGCCCCGGUGUUGAGACGGUCCCAUCCUCAAAGCUUCGGCCCAGAGUCCAAGCUUCACAAUGGACAACUCGGGGCAGCCGCUCCCUCCGCCGACUUCUGGCUCAAACCCGUCCAAUCCGAACAGCCCGGACGACUCCUUCGCCGAUUUCCACAUAGCCACAACCACCGACUCGCCCAUCAACAAUGGCGCAUACAACCACAACACCACCUCCCCACAACCACACUCGCAUCCUGCCUUCCCGGGCGCCCAGGUCUACACCCCGACCGCCACCCCCUCCGACCGCCUCAACCCCCGCAGCUGUGUCACCUGUCGGAGGAGAAAAGUCCGCUGUGACAAGCACAUGCCAUGUUCGAAUUGCCGCCGCGCCCAGAUCCCAUGCAUCUUCCCCGCCCCCGGCCGCGCACCGCGCCGCCCGCGACCAAAGGACCCCAAUGCCCCGCCCAAGCAGCCCUCCAGCGAGCGCGAGAUCGAGCUCAUGAAGCGCCUGCGCAAGCUCGAGGGCAUCGUUGAGGAGCUGAGCGGCCAGAUCGAGGUCGAGACCGCCAGGAACCACUCCAGCAGCGGCAAUUCCCCAGAGACCACCAACGCCAACGUCGCUACCGAGUUCAACACUCCCGGCUCCGGGCCCCGGCACGAGAGGGCAGGGAGUAUGACGGCGGGCAGCACACACAGCCACGGAUCUCCUUCCGCCCCCGCCGACGGCAGGCCCGCCACCCUCUACAACUUUAAUUCCAGCUCGAGCAACGUGACACAGCGACCCGAUAAUGUGAACAAGAAGUUUGGCAGGCUGGUCAUCAAUGACCACGGCAAGACCAGAUAUGUCAGCAGUGCAUUCUGGUCAAAGAUCACAGACGAGCUUGACGAGCUGCGGCACGAAACCCAGAAGCUCACCGACGGCGAAUCGAGUGAUUCGGAUGACGAGAGUAUAAUAGCCACCGCCAACAACCGCUCAGGCGGCGAUCACCACGCUUUCGUGCUCGGGUAUAGGUCCGCCGAUGUCGACUUGAGGCCCCUGCAUCCGUUACCCUCACAGAUACCGUACAUGUGGCAAGUCUAUCAAGAGAAUGUGGAUCCUAUAGUCAAGAUACUACACGUGCCGACUGUCGAGCAAUUGGUAAAGGAGACACGAAAAAAUCUGGACAGCCUCACGCCGGGGAACGAGGCCUUGAUGUUUGCAAUAUACUUCGCAGCCAUCACUUCUAUGGAUGAGGAAGAUACCAAGAAGAAUUUCGGGGUCGACAGGCCAAGGCUGAUUUCGCAAUACCGCUUUGCGCUGGAGCAGUCUCUGGCCAAGGCCGAGUUUCUGGUGUCAUCCGAGAUGGUUGUCCUGCAGGCCUUUAUUCUUUUCCUGGUUCUCGUCAGACGCCACGAUGAUACCCGAGUAUCCUGGACCCUGACAGGACUUGCCAUACGGAUGGGUCAGUCAAUGGGCCUUCAUCGCGAUGGAACCUCGUUUCCGGGUUUGACUCCGCUCGAGAUCGAGAUGCGGCGACGGCUGUUUUGGGCGCUUUGCAUUCUGGACCUCCGAGCAGCCGAGGAUCAGGGCACCGACCUGACCAUUGUCGAUCGAACCUUUGAUACCGAGCUGCCACUCAACAUCAACGACAGUGAUCUCACACCCGAGACGACGGAAAUGCCUCAACCUCGCCAGGGCUCAACAGACAUGACUUUCUCCCUCAUAAGAUACGAGAUCUGCGGGCUUGCACGGCGUUUACACACUAUGUCCUCGGCAAAUGCGGGAUCCUGUCCCCGAGACGCAGCAAUAUCCUUCGAAGAGCGCGAGAAUAUGGUCAGGGAGGUAUACGCGAGCGUGGAUGGCAAGUUUUUCCGCGGUCCAAACGCCUCAUCAGACCCGAUUCUGUGGACGGCUGCGAAUAUAGCUCGCGUCAUCGUCGCAAAGAUGACGCUCGUUAUUUACCAGCCCAUGCUCUUCCCCGGGCCUGACGGUGAGGUCCUCUCCAGCGCCAUCCGCGAUCGCAUUUUUACCGCCGCCACCGAGAUCUUCGAGUACAACCACCAACUCAACUCAGACCCGCGAUCGAGGCCAUGGCGCUGGCUCUUCCUUACCUACACGGCAUGGCACGCCGUGGCGUACGUUUUGAUGGAGGUCGUUCGUCGCCCUUGGAGCUCUGCUGUUGAGCGGGCAUGGGCGGCCCUGAAUGCUACUUUUGCGAGCCCCAACCCCGAUGAUCUGAAUCGAAUAGCAGGAGACCAGUCUGUCUGGCUGCCGCUCAAGAAGAUAUACAUAAAGGCCAAGAAACACCGUGAAGGGGAGAUAGCGCGACUCAAGGCGGAUCCCCAGGCUGCUCAGGAGCUGGAGCUCGAAGAGCGCAGGAACGUGGGGGCGCCGGCAAGCUUCGCGGCCAUGCCAGGGUCAGUCAAGAGUGCGGUGGCCAACGAGAGGUGGCGUAAACUUGUCAACGCACCGCGCUUGCCGCCUGAAGUGGAACGGGAAAUCACGUCUCCCUCGUCAUUCACACAACAGCAAGGACAACAAGAACCAUCGGGACCACAGGGCGAGGCUAUCAGCGCGCCUCCACAGAUGCCGAACAACAUUGGCGUGGGUGAUGGCCUCCAGGCUCAGAACUUGGGUGACGAAAGAGCAAUGGAGAUUGUUGAGAAUGUCAUGAACCAGCCCCAUUUCCAACCCGACGGUUUCUGGCCUAUAGCUUUCUCGCCCCAGUACGCGGAUAUCGCGCGUGCUGCAACAGGCAGCGCGGGGUUCCCGUUCAUGUCUGGAAGUGACCCGAUUCCGAGGCAAGACUCGACACUGGCCAACUUUGCCAAUGGAAACGGUGACGCCAACCGCGCAGUCUCCGGGACCUCGAUGUCGACCGAUCCACGAAUGCAGCCGACUCCGCUUGUCGAUGCGCUGAAGGUUGAGGGCAACCUGCCGCCAUGGAUGUGGGGCGACACGCCGGUGGCGACAGCGCAGACGUUUGGAACCCCUGGCUCCGUGACGACGGCGAGCGGCGGCAGCGGCGGCGGCGGCGCGCCGAUGAGCGCGCCGGCGAGGGCGUUCAGCUUCCCGCUCCAGACCGGGAAUACCGAUGUCCAACCCGAGGACAUCGAUGUGAAUAUGGAUGAGGACUUCAACUGGGCAGACUGGGGCCAGAGCCUCAUGGAAUCCACUGGUGCGAACAUGGGAGGCGUUUGGAGUGCACACGGGAUAUAGAGGAGCUGGGUCGGGGGUUUUCCGGGCGCAGCCGGCUCGGGCCAUCCCCUGCAUCAUUAUUGCUUUUUAUUGCGCCGAAAAUCUGACGAGAUCGAGGGCCCGAGACCCACUCAGCUCACCUCACCAAGAACUGCAGUCAUUUCUGAAACAGGCAGGUAUAGACGGAGUGUAAUGGGCUCCGGGCCAAGGGGUGGACGCAUCUCGAUUUGACGGCGCCUGGCCGACCAGCUCGGUACUGGGUCGGCAUAGGGAAGAAAAACUGCGGGUCCAGGCAGUUUUUGUCCUGGUCGACUUAUUUGCUGCCAUAUAAUGAACGACAUGACAUGACAUGACGUGACAUGUCUUUUUAAGCUAGAUAGAUAGGGUUGGUAUUUGCGUGCAAAAACUUGAAUAUUGAUACCCUUGAUUCACUCGAG